ACAGAAACAUGAAGGUUGUCGCUAUUCUUCUCUGCUUUAUCGUUGCGGUAUAUUGUGAGACAUGUACAUCAACCAGAAGAUGUACUCAGACCACAUGCACAGACUCGUCACACCAUGUAGUAUGUUACCAGGGUCAUUGCACAUGCAGCGGAAGAACUGGACACACAUGCUCUGACGUAGCCGACUGCAGCAGUGAACAUUGCAGAUUUGGAAGGUCCCACUGUUAUGACGGUCACUGUCAUUGUCUCCCUGGAGCAGGAAAAUAAUUUAA